CGGGGCUCACUGCGCUAACCUUUCCUCUUCACUUCCAUGGGUUGUUAAACAGUUUAUAAAGAGAGCGGGAGAGAGUCAGAUCUUCAACAUUAAGUUAAUUCAGAGAUGGGUUGUGCGAAGUGGUUGGUGGGGUUCUGUCUUUUAAGCUUAAACUUCUUUUCUGGUUAUGGAAGUGUGGUUGAAGGAAGCGUUUUCAUUGAUGAGAAAACUGUCAUUGGAAGGAUUGAUGAUGAUUUCAUUUGUGCAACAAUGGACUGGUGGCCUCCGGAGAAAUGUGACUAUGGAACAUGCAGCUGGGGCAAAACUUCCAUGCUUAAUCUGGAUCUUAAUAACAAUAUAUUCUUGAAUGCAGUGAAAGCUUUUUCACCAUUGAAGAUUAGAUUGGGUGGCACUUUGCAAGAUAAGGUCAUAUAUGCUACUGAAGAUAGUAAACAGUCUUGUGUUUCGUUUGUCAAAAACACUUCAGAGUUGUUUGGUUUUACUCAAGGGUGUUUACCGAUGAAUAGAUGGGAUGAACUUAAUGAGUUUUUCAAGAAAGCUGGGGCUAAGAUUAUUUUUGGGCUAAAUGCUCUUGCCGGACGCUCUGUUCAUACUGAUGGUCCUUCUGAAGGAGCUUGGGACUCCACCAAUGCUGAAUCUCUGAUAAGUUAUACAGUUAAAAAGAACUAUAAUAUACAUGGUUGGGAGCUCGGGAAUGAAUUGAGUGGAACUGGAGUUGGAACAAGAGUUGCAGCAGCUCAAUAUGUUACUGACACAAUGGUUCUACAGAAUAUUGUGCAGAAAAUUUAUACGGGCGUGGAACCUAAGCCUCUGAUAAUUGCACCCGGAGGAUUCUAUGAUGAAAAAUGGUUUAAAGAAUAUAUAGAUAAAUCAAAAAAAUCUUUAGAUGUGGUCAGCCGUCACAUAUAUAAUCUUGGACCAGGAGUUGAUGAGCACCUUGUUGAAAAAAUUCUUGAUCCAUCCAUUCUUGAUAAUGAGGUCGCUACAUUUAGUGCAGUUAAAAACCUCAUCAAGAGUUCUGGAACUUCAGCUGUUGCUUGGGUUGGUGAGGCAGGAGGGGCUUACAACAGUGGCCAUAAUCUUGUUACCAAUGCCUUUGUGUUUAGCUUCUGGUAUUUGGAUCAACUCGGUAUGGCAUCAGUUCAUGAUACCAAAACAUACUGCAGACAGACAUUAAUUGGAGGAAAUUAUGGUUUACUCGACACUACAACCUUUGUACCCAACCCAGAUUACUACAGUGCUCUUCUUUGGCACCGAUUAAUGGGAAGAAAUGUUCUGUCAACAAGCUUUUCCGGAACCAAAAAAAUACGUGCAUAUGCUCAUUGUGCAAAACAAUCAAAGGGGAUCACAUUACUACUGAUUAACCUAGACAAUAGCACCACAGUUCAUGCCAAUGUUAUGUUUAACAAAACAUUGUCGAUGCGAUACCAACGAAAAUCUCAGAGCACAGAAAUUGUUCAGCUACCUCAGGCUUCUCCCGGUGGAAAUUCAAGGGAGGAAUACCAUCUUACAGCAAAGGAUGGAGAUUUACAUAGCCAAACAAUGCUACUUAAUGGAAAAGUUUUAAGUGUAAAUUCAGAAGGAGAUAUACCUCCAUUGUUGCCUUUAAUUGUAAAUUCAACAAAGGAAAUAGUGGUUGAUCCUUUGUCUAUUGUAUUUGUUCACAUGCCACAUGUUAUUCUCCCUGCUUGCAGCUGAGCAAGCAAUAGAUGGAACUGAAGUUGGUUCCAUUCAGUAAUUUGAUCAAAUAAGAUAGAAUGCAAUUAAAUCA